ACCUUACUUCGACGUUUAGUCUCUUUUUUCGUCUUAAUCAUAGGUAGGUACAUAUUUCUUUUUACUUAAAAAUUUUAUACAGGGUGAACUUUUAACCACCAGUCAUACUCUGCGCAGCGACUUUAUAGGUCAUACUUAACAACUUUUACUAUGGGACCAAUUCCGAAAUCGCGAAAAAAAAUUUGACUGUCCCAUAUAAAGGUACGACCAACUUUACCAGACCAACACUUUUCCAAACUGAGCUACAGCUGUCCGAUGAAGUUAAGUACUUAGGACUAACUCUCGACAAUAAACUCAAUUGGAACAACCACAUCAACAAACGGAUAGACAAGGCGGGAGUUGUCUUCUGGCAGUGCAGAAGGAUGAUUGGUAAGAGGUGGGGACUCAACCCGAAAAUUACCCUCUGGCUCUAUAAGACGAUAAUCCGCCCCUUACUCUGUUACGGUGCUCUGGUUUGGUGGCCAAGAACAAACCUAGGCAACGUACGAGACAAACUACAAAGACUUCAAAGGCUCGCAUGCGCGGCCACCACUGGCUGCACGAGGUCUACCCCGACUGCAGCCAUGGAGGUCAUGCUAAACCUUCCACCGCUGCACCUACACAUACAGCAAGAGGCCAGUCUCUCAGCGGUAAGGUUGCGAACCCUCAAGAUAUGGUCUAACAUCACAGGAGCUCUUCACACAAAAUGCCUGGAAAAGGUGUAUGACGAAUUUCCAGUGCUUAGGUCAGGCACGGACCGGAUUCACAAACAAGCUAUCUUCGAUAAAAGGUACAAAAUACAGUUAUAUGAGGACGACAAUCAUGAAGGACUCAAUCCCCGGGAGCUGAGAAUCUUCACUGAUGGGUCCAAAACAGACAGCGGAUCGGGCUCUGGAACCUUCUCAGAAGACCUGAACAUGUCGAUCACCACUCCGCUAGGAGCCCAUAACUCGGUAUUCCAAGCUGAGUGCGUGGGCAUCAUAAACGCGGCGGCUGCCAUCACUGCAAGGAAGGUAGUAGGAUCCUCCAUCCGCAUACUCUCCGACAGUAGAGCAGUCUUAAUGGCUCUAAAUAGCCAUAUAGUUACAUCCAAACUUAUACACGAAUGCCACGAACGACUAAUGGAGGUAUGUCAUAAUAACAAGAUCACCCUACAAUGGAUCAAGGGACACAGUGGAUCCCGAGGUAACGAUGCUGCGGACGAGCUUGCCAGGCAAGGAUCGAAUGCGGGGGCGAUUGGUCCGGAACCGAUUCUUCCGAUACCAUUUAGCAAGGUACGCUCAAUGCUGCUGGCACGUACAGGGAAACUACACACAGAACACUGGCUGAACCAGACUGGAUGCAGACAGCCAAAAGAAGCCAUGCCUGGCAUCAACGAAAAACUCACAAGGGCGCUCCUGCAACUAGGGAAGGUCCGACUGAGUAUGGUAACCAGUGUCAUAACAGGUCAUGGACUAUUUAACAAACAUCUUUUCACAACAGGUGUCACAGACAGUCCCCUGUGCCGAGGUUGCAUGGAGACAGAAGAAACAGCCUCUCACGUGGUGCUGGAAUGCAGCGGAGUGACUCCAUACAGGGCUAAACAUCUCGGAUCUCCGAGAGACCUCCCCGAGGUCCUACUCAACAUCAAAGGUUUGAUAGGAUUCCUCGAGGAGCUGGGCUGGCAGGACUAGCCCACCCCCAACAUAUCACGCAAAAUAGGCGCAAGUCGUCGAGUUGCGGAAAAAUCGCCCGAAUACAAUACAAUACAAUACAAUACAAGGUGCGACCAGACCGCAGCUUAAAAAACGGUCACGAUACGGAAUCGCAGUGACGCGUCGUAUGCGUACCGUUUUUG